UGUAAAGCGCUAUGACAACAAGGCGAAGAUGGCUUGGAGUUAGUCAGGAGUGAGGAGGUGUCCUUUCCGUUGCUGCUGUCCCUUUUCUGCUAAAUCCCACUCACCGCUUCCUUUAUAAUUUCCUCCUCUGUGAGCAUCAGGACUUUCCGCUGUUCUCGCCUACCUGGUCUCUUCCAAAGAAUUGAUGCCGUUUUCCCCGCUUGUCUCCGGGGGUGAUAGUGUGGAUGCAGGGGAGCUUCUUGGUGGGAUCGCUCUAACUCUGUGGAGCUGGUGGUGCUACCUGGUGAGGCGCUCUCUUUUCCUGGGACGUGGAAUACGUUGGAGCAGGAGAACCAGAGGGAAUAUUAAGGGUUGCUUUUCUCUGCACCCUCCGUUCUUGCUCUCUUUACAGCUCUGGGACCUCGUCAGACGUCCUGAGGAAAGGGAGUUCAAAGAAAGGUGGGGCAGGACCCUCCCGAGUCGGCAGCAGAUAUGUACAACCGUAAGUUAUACCACGGUCAAUUUUAGAAUAUUUUUACCACCUCAGAAAGAAACCUUGCAUCCUUCAUCUGUAACUUUCUUGCCCUCUCCUUCUCACCAGACCUAAGAGUGAAAGAAAAUGUCUUUAUUUAAAGCCCGUGAUUGGUGGUCUGCUGUUCUGGGAGAAAAAGAAGAAUUUGAUCAAGGCUGUUUGUGUUUGGCUGAUGUUGACAAUACUGGAAAUGGACAAGGAAAAAAAAAACACCGAUCGUUAUUUCUCAAAGCCUGGACCACCUGUAUCAUAAUAUCCCGAGAUAAAAUAAUUGUGGGUAGCUUUAUGGGAUACCUAAGAAUCUUUAACCCUCAUCCUAUAAAAACAGGAGAUGGAGCUCAGGCUGAAGAUUUGCUUUUAGAAGUGCAUCUACGAGAUCCAAUACUGCAAGUAGAAGUAGGAAAGUUUGUUUCGGGUACUGAGAUGCUUCAUUUGGCUGUGUUGCAUUCUAGAAAACUUUGCAUCUACUCUGUCUCAGGAACUUUGGGUAAUGUGGAACAUGGGAACCAAUAUCAGAUCAAAUUGAUGUAUGAACAUAAUCUUCAGCGAACAGCCUGCAAUAUGACUUAUGGACCAUUUGGUGGUGUAAAAGGUCGAGAUUUAAUUUGUAUCCAGUCUAUGGAUGGGAUGCUGAUGGUGUUUGAGCAGGAAAGCUAUGCUUUUGGGAGAUUUCUCCCUGGUUCUCUUUUACCUGGCCCUCUUGCUUACAGUUCCCGUACAGAUUCCUUCAUUACUGUUUCUUCCUGCCAACAAGUUGAAAGUUACAAGUACCAAGUACUUGCUUUUGCAACAGAUGCAGAUAAAAGACAAGAGACUGAGCAGCAAAAACUUGGUUCUGGAAAAAGACUGGUUGUGGAUUGGACUCUAAAUAUUGGAGAGCAAGCCCUUGAUAUAUGUAUUGUCUCUUUCAAUCAGUCAGCAUCUUCUGUUUUUGUUCUUGGUGAGAGAAAUUUUUUUUGCCUUAAGGAUAAUGGACAAAUUCGAUUCAUGAAGAAACUUGAUUGUAGCCCAAGUUGUUUUCUCCCAUAUUGCUCAGUUUCCGAAGGAACAGUAAAUACUUUGAUUGGAAACCACAAUAACAUGUUGCAUAUUUAUCAGGAUGUGACACUGAAGUGGGCCACUCAACUUCCUCAUGUACCUGUAGCAGUAAGAGUGGGCUGUUUACAUGAUUUAAAGGGGGUCAUAGUCACUUUGAGUGAUGAUGGUCACUUGCAGUGUUCAUACCUGGGGACAGACCCUUCUUUGUUCCAAGCUCCAAAAGCUGAAUCUAGAGAACUAAAUUAUGAUGAACUUGAUACAGAAUUGAAAGAACUUCAGAAAAUCAUCAAAGAUGUUAACAAAUCACAAGGUGUUUGGCCCAUGACUGAGAGAGAAGAUGACCUGAAAAUCUCUGCUAUGGUUUCUUCUAACUUUGACUCAGUAUCUCAAGCUACUGAUGUUGAAGUGGGAACUGACCUUGUCCCUUCAGUCACAGUGAAGAUCACACUACAGAAUCAAGUGGCAUUGCAAAAGAUCAAAUUAUCAGUCUAUGUGCAACCACCUUUAGUAUUAACUUGUGAUCAGUUCACCUUUGAAUUUAUGGCACCAGAGAUGACUAGAACAGUAGGCUUUUCCAUUUAUCUGAAAGGAAGUUAUACACCACCUGAAUUGGAAGGAAAUGCUGUUGUUUCUUAUUCCAGACCAACAGAUCGAAAUCCUGAUGGCAUUCCUCGAGUUACCCAAUGUAAAUUUAGACUUCCCCUGAAAUUAGUCUGCUUACCAGGCCAGCCUUCAAAAACUGCAAGCCACAAACUAACUAUUGAAACCAACAAAUCUCCAGUCAGUCUUCUCAGUCUCUUUCCAGGCUUUGCCAGUCAGUCAGAAGAUGAUCAGGUGAAUGUAAUGGGUUUUCACUUCUUAGGAGGUUCCCGAGUUACUCUUCUUGCUUCCAAAACGUCUCAGCGAUAUCGCAUUCAGAGUGAACAAUUUGAAGAUCUUUGGCUCAUAACAAAUGAGCUUAUUAUUCGCCUUCAAGAAUAUUUUGAAAAACAGGGAAUCAAAGAUUUCGCAUGUUCUUUUUCUGGAUCUAUGCCCCUUCAAGAGUAUUUUGAGUUGAUUGAUCAUCAUUUUGAGUUGCGGAUAAAUGGUGAAAAAUUAGAAGAACUUUUAUCUGAAAGAGCUGUACAAUUUCGAGCCAUUCAACGGCGGCUGCUAACAAGGUUCAAAGAUAAAACACCUGCCCCCCUGCAACACCUGGACACCUUGCUAGACGGAACUUACAAGCAGGUAAUCGCUCUAGCAGAUGCAGUAGAGGAAAACCAAGACAAUCUGUUCCAGUCAUUCACCAGGCUGAAGAGUGCCACCCAUUUGGUGAUUCUGCUGAUCGGGCUGUGGCAAAAGCUUAGCGCUGACCAGAUGGCUAUUCUGGAGGCGGCAUUUCUGCCGCUGCAGCAGGAUACUCCAGAACUGGGCUGGGAAGAAACGGUGGAUGCUGCUAUUUCCCACCUCUUGAAGACCUGCCUGUCGAAGAAUUCAAAGGAGCAGGCUUUGAACCUCAGCAGCCAACUGAGCAUGCCCAAAGACACGAGUCGAUUAAAGAAACACAUCACCCUGCUCUGUGAUCGAUUAGCCAAAGGGGGACGUCUCUGCCUAAGUACUGACGCAGUGGCUCCGCAGACCAUGGUCAUGCCAGGUGGCUGUGCUACGAUCCCAGAAUCGGACCUGGAAGAAAGAUCAAUGGAACAAGACUCCACUGAACUGUUUACCAACCACAAACACCUCAUCGUGGAGACACCCAGGGCUGAAGUUUCACCCCUCCAAGGCGUCUCAGAAUAGUUCAAGUAGAGUUGUCUGGUGGAGGGGAAGAUGGCCUUCCCAAGCCUGAUCCUGUGUGGACCUCAUGCCAAGCACAGAUGAAGGGCUGGCCCAGGUGCUUCAUCCAGCUUACCUGCCAGGAGCUGACACUAGGUAGAGAUGGGGGUCGGGACUUUUUGUUUUGCUAAGAGGACCUGUAAUACCAUGGGCAAGUUGGUCAUCUGUAUGCCUUCAGCCACAGGAUAUAGUGAUAUGACAUCUUCUGGGGACAGACUUUAUAAUAUGAAGACCUAGAUCCGAUUUGAUACCCCAUUUUUUCACAGAAUUCUUAUAUAGUAAAUGUAUCAAGUUUAAUAAAGCAUCUUAUUGUCAAACAAUAUCUUGGGUUUGAUUUAUAAUCAGGGGGUUAUAUAGUUGAUUUCUCUGUUUAUUCAAAGGGAAGGAAUUGAACGGAAUUAAAAAUUUGCUACUCCAUGGUAAGAUUCAAAUGUGAUUGUUUUAUAAAUAAAAGAAACUACUAUUAGAGUGGAAAAAGGUGAGUUUUCUAGUAUUGUAUGAAAAUGUUAAAAUAUUUUCAAGGAAGCUAGGAUUUUAACAUUCUCUUUUCAUUACCCCAAUGGGUGAUGCCUUUUAAAAAUCCAGAUUAUAAAAGGAUUCACACUAUAUUAUAAUUAAAAUGUAAGAUUUUUAUAUGCAAGAAAUAAAAGAGAUUUUGCCAGUUUCAAAA